UUUACAGCCAGUCUUCUACUUUAGCCACUAUAGUAUGAAAGCCUCGUCUUUAAUCAAACUGACAGCAUCAUCAUCAUCAUCAUCAUCAGAUUAGAAUGCUGUAUUUGGUGAUCAUCAUGUUUCUGUUAUCUUGUGCAGAUCAUAUCAAGACAUAUGAGAGAAAUAUUCUACACCAGAUGAACAGAACUGCUGUUAAGGGGGAAACUGUUAUUUUACACUGCAAUGGAACUCUGACUGGUGAACAUAAAGAUAUUGGUUGGCGUAAAGACGGGAAUGUUCUUUUUAUCUACAGCCCAGUUAUAAACCAAACUGUGACCAACUACACAUCAAGCAGGAUGCAGGCUGAUCCCCGAAAUCCAAGAAAACUACAGAUAUCUGAUAUACAGCUUUCAGAUGCAGGAUUAUACUCAUGUUUUCCAUUAAACAUGCAGUGGAUAUUGAUCAUAGAAGUGAGUGAACACUCACUACAACAAGGAAGGCCAUUCUACAUAGUUUUCUCAGUAACCACAGCAUGUGUCGCAGUGGGUCUCUUCAUCUUCUGUGCUGUGUGUUUUCACAGGAAACAGAAAGAAAGAGCAGCCUCUGAUCGAACUGAAACUGGCGAUGAGCUUGCAAAGGCAUGUAAAGAUUCUGUCCAUCACAGUGAGACAAUAACAACCUGUGUCUACACCAUGACAAGCUCAAAUAACUUUGCCAUUGGCUACAGCUUUGAAUCCUGAGCAACAUCCGUUACUGCUUUACAGGGUCACCAUCACCUCCUUCUGCAGAAACAUUUCUAUAACAUUCAUAUUGACAGGGUAAAUAAUGUGACGGGUCUUUUUAAUGUACAGUGAAAUCUGGAUUUUAAAACCUUUGCAUGUUCUUUAGGAAUUAGAUUCUUGUAUUUUAUACAACUGUUUUAAUAACUGUGUUAAAAGAUGAAUCUCUGUAUUUAUGUUUAGCUGCUGAAAU